AUGAAUGCCUUAUUUUGGAAUGUCCUAGGACUUGGGAACCCUUGGACUCUAAAUUCCUUAAAAUCCCAUGUUAAAGAUUAUCAUCCCGGGAUGAUAUUCUUAUCUGAAACUCGGCUUAACAGUAUUCGAAUGGAGUUUAUUCGUAUUCAAUUAGGCUAUGUGGGGUGUUUUACGGUGGAUGCCAAAGGCAAAAGUGGUGGUUUGGCUCUUCUUUGGUCAGACGUUUACUCGGUUCAGAUUAAGUCUUUUACGGCUUCUCACAUUGAUGCUCUUGUGGAAAACGACUUGGGCUUUACUUGGCGUUUUACGGGUUUUUAUGGUAGUCCGGAUCCGGGAGGAAGAUUGGAAAGUUGGAAGCUUUUGAAAAGGAUAAAAACCAUGUUUCAUGGUGCUUGGAUUUGUGGGGGAGACUUCAAUGAAAUAGUUAAUAAUAAAGAAAACAAUGGAGGGGGCCCUAAACCAGAAUAUCUUAUGAGAAACUUUCGACUUGCUAUUUCGGAUUGCCAUCUAAGAGAAAUUCAAGCCGAGGGGGGAGGAUUUACAUGGUGUAAUGGUAGAGCGGCUAAUCUUGUGUAUGAAAAACUUGAUAGAAUCCUUUGCAAUACGAAUUGGAAAGACAAAUUCAAGAAGAACAAAGUCUCCCUUCUAAAUUGGUGGAAUUCGGAUCAUAGGCCGCUUCUACUUCAAGCUCAUCAAGUUGGAAAUGGGAAGUCCUUCAACAAGAGAUGGGGAUCGCGUUUUCAUUUUGAACAAGCUUGGGCGGAUAAUGAAGAUUGUAAAAGAAUCAUCACUGAAACUUGGAAGAAAAAACAGCAAGGAGACUCGCUUCAAACACUACAUCGACUUUUACAAUCUUGUGGUUCAAAAUUGAACGCAUGGAAUGCCAAACAAAAAAAAGGAGAUGCUUGCUAG